UGGUAUGGAAAAUUGAUGGAUGGAUUUGUGUUUUUUUUCUUGCAAUGCUAACUCCUUUCUAGCAAAGUUUUCAGUUUCAUAGUGUUCUUAGACCCUGACCUAUUAUUACUAGCAUGAGGAUGGAAACUACAAAGCACUUCUCUGAGUCGCUCUGGAUAAGGGAGUCUGUUAAAUGCUGUAAAUAAUGAGACAAUAGUGAAGUAAAAAAGAAAGAACGAGACUGCCAUUGUCUCUGCUGUGUACUUAUUUCCACUUUAUUCACAGUAUGUGUUUAUCACAUGCGCUACCACUAGGUGGCAGCAAGCCGUCGCGGUCACGGAACAGAAGAGGAACUAUAAUUUAGUAUUCAUUUUCUUCCGGAAUGUUUUUAAUGAGGCACCAACACCGCCACAUUCAACCAAGUGGAGUGAAAAUUCAACUCAAGUCGGUUUACAAUGUCUGUCACUUUGCAUACAGACCUCGGGGAUAUCAAAAUCGAGCUGUUCUGUGAGCGGACUCCAAAAAGCUGUGAGAAUUUUCUAGCCUUGUGUGCCAGCGGUUUCUACAACGGGUGUAUCUUUCAUCGAAACAUAAAAGGGUUUAUGGUCCAGACAGGAGACCCCACAGGUACAGGAAAAGGAGGAGCAAGUAUUUGGGGAAGAAAAUUUGAAGAUGAAUUUAACGAACAUUUAAAACACAAUGUCAGGGGGGUGGUGGCGAUGGCAAAUAAUGGACCCAAUACCAACGCGUCACAGUUCUAUUUCACCUACGCCAAACAGCCUCACCUGGACAUGAAAUACACAGUGUUUGGAAAAAUAAUAGAUGGUUUGGAAACUCUGGAUGAGUUGGAGAAACUCCCCGUUCAUGAAAAGACAUUUCGGCCUUUGAAUGAAGUCCACAUUAAGGAUGUGACUAUUCACGCAAACCCAUUUGCUGGUUAACAUUCGGUGGAUUGUGAUGGUCCAUAAGGACAGUCCUUUAAUAAUGAUGGGGUUUAUGUUUGUACAGAACACUUUGGAACUUUUUCCAAAGUUGUGUAUUUUUUAUGUGUAUUUUCCCCUUCUGUUUAUGUUCUUUGUUUGCAAACAGGAUUUGUAACCAUGUAUCACUUUUUUUUAAACAUAAUUAAAAUAAUAAUAUUUUAAAAAAUAAAAUAAAAAGUACAGAGAUUGCCUAGA